AUGGCUGUUGUGUCUGUCUUAUCGCCUGAAAAAUCCCAUCUCACCACUGCCAGCCUGCUGAUGGACCUUCUGGAGGUCUUUCAGACCACAUUGCCUUCCGCUGCUACUACCAGACACUCGACAUCAGCGUCUGUUGGCGUCGAGAAGGACAACUAUUUUCAACUGUCUUGUGAUAGUAGGGGUGGGACACCACCAAACAGUCCCUUAUAUUCAGUCUAUGCAAAGAAGCCGCGAGCAACUGCAAGCGACUGCAAUGUCUUGGGAAGUCCAAAAUCGGCAGUGACUCUCAAUGAUGAUGAUGUUGCAACUCUUCAAGGCCUUGGACCUGCCAAUGGUGGCCAAUUGACGCCGAAUACGGUCGAUACCGCUGCCACAGGUGGACAACGUCUGGCGCCAGGCGCUCGGGUGUCAAAUUUGGAGGAGAGAAAAACUUGUGGAGUGUAA